AAGGAAUUACAAGAAGAAAAAUGACAAAGCAGUUUCAUACUUGUGAAGUUUUGAGGUGGUGUUUAACUGUAAGUAAAAUUAAGUUGGUCUCGUUGUGAAGGAUGAUGGGGAGACUGAGAAUAUGCUGAUGUUUUCCUUGCUGGUCCUUGCUCUGUAAAUGCUUUUAAUUUGUGGACAGCUACUAUUGCUGUCCCCAGCUUGUAUAGAUAGUAUAUCUCCCUCUCUUUAGAAGAUGCUAUGGAGCUUGAUCUCAGGUAUCUGUCUUGAACUUUUCCUAUGUGAAAGUGUAGUUUAGAGUAGUCUCUGGGACUUUUUCCCUGCUGGCCAAAUAAAUACCUUUUAAACAGCUGCUAGGGGCGUACUUGGAUUUAUAGAUCUGUAUUUUGCAGCCUAGAGCUGUGAGGUGACAGGUUAUUGACAGUGGAGGUACUUGGUAAAUUUUGUCUCCAUUCAGCUUACUCUGUUUAUGGCAUGAGGGAGAAGAGGGAGAAAAAUGCUUCUUGGUAUGUAGAGUUUUUUUUCUGAGAGAAUAACGGGUAACAUCAAAAUGGUUUAAGUCAUUUCAAGGAUCUGUGAGGUACCUUUGCAGUGUUUGAGGGGAAAUUAUUGGUGUCUAUAUAGAGAAACGUUGAUGUGGAGUGAACAGAAGCUUGUCUCGAUCCUAUGAGCCUCUCCAUGGAACUUUUCUGUUCUCAGAACUUAGAACAGAGCGUCUCCAUCAAAACAAGGAAUGUUGUUCCAGCGUGAUGCUGGGGGUAGGGGGAGUUGUGUUGGGUGAAGGUGGUGUCCUUUGUUUAGUAAGAGAGAACAUCUCUUCAGUAUUAUCAAAUAUUUAAUGUUUCAGACAGCACGAUGUCCCUAGCACUACAGUGAAGAAAAAGGUUUCUCCCUCAAUGUGAGACCAUUUGGAGGUGGAUUUUCACUGUGGACUUGCAUAACAGUCUAUGUUGAUAUUGAUGGUGAAUGGAUGUAAAACUCCCUACAGGUCCAGGUGUUUACCUAAAGGGUGAGUAUGGCAGCCAUGACUUCCUUUUUCUGGCCACGGAAAGGUGACUGGAAGGCAUCUGAAAGAGCCUUGUUUCCAACACUUAUGUCUCUCACAACCAAAGAGAUCGUGCAGAUUUGGGAUCAGGUGUCUCUUGAUGUUCAGCGGCAGUUGGCACAGAGCAAGAGCGUUGAAAUAGUUGGACUGGGAACUUUUGCUGUUCACACGCAAGAGCUACACAUGGGAAGAAAUGAUUGCUUGCUCAUUCACAGACCUGUAUUUCAAAUGUCCAACAUUAUCAGAAGAAUUUUUGAUCUUAACUCUGCUAAAAGAAUUAUGCCUGGUUCUACACUAGCUGUCCCAUUGGACUACCCCACAAUUGCCCUGGAGACAUCUCAUUCCGUGGAUGCCGUGGAGAACUGUGUAAAUGAGACUGUGAUGUAUCUCUCUCGCUGUAUCUCAAACGGACUGAAUAUUGACUUUGUUCUCAGGGACAUGGGUGUCCUUCUUAUCAGGCAAAAGAAAGUCAAAAUGAGGUUUUACGAAAAUUUUCUUCUCAGCCUGGACACAGUGGGAAACUUGAAGGAAAUUAUUAUCAAUAGGAAGAAAGGGAUGAUGAACUGGGUCAUUUCCCAGGGAGAAACUGGAGUUUCUGAUGUCUGUACUAAACCUGACAUCCUGUUUCCCAGCCUGCAGUUUAAGACCGAACAUGGAAAAUUCCUCCUUGAAUCCCUCCGCGAAAGACCUACCAAACCACUGCAGGAGAAAAAGACAAAAGACGUCUUUAAGGAAAAGAUUAAUGGAAAAGGGAUUCUUUCAGCUCAUCCUCAUAGCGGUCCUGUGAAAGUCAGAGCUGUUGACUUAAAAGAGCAGUCAAGGAAGAAAUUCAAGGGAAAAGAAUUCCCUGUUAGCACAUCCCAGAUAACUUACCUAGCAGAGCCCUGAGUUGUUUUCCAGAAGCCUUGGGAGAGACCUAAACCCUCAGGCUCCUGCUCAGAUGAAGACUUGGUUUUCUCUAAGAUUUCCAUUUGUGGAGAAGCAGCAAUGAAGGCAGUAAAUGAGGCCCAGGCUGAAGUGCUGGAAUGGAUCAUAGCAAUUCUGUGUGACGCAUCAAAUCCUCCUGUAGGACUUGGCAGAUUUUGUUAUGCGGAUGGCAGAUACCACAUAUAGUUGACAACAUCACAGGUGGUAUUGGAAGAAGAGGGAGGAGACAAAGGGAAAGUGGAGUAAAAGUUGUUAUGAGACAGUACUGAAAGCAGUGUGGUCAUGAUUUCUCACGUUUUCACACUACUGUGCAAGUGCCUGCCUGCUGUGGAAGUAAAAUAAUUAAAACCUCGCAGGCCUCUGGAGGCCUCACUAAUUAAGAACUGCUUGUCAGCAUGAUCUAAUGGUCUCUCUAAGUCAGACAAUUAAUAAAGGAGCAAGGAUAUUAUUAAUUAAAAAUGAAAGAAUAGAUGAAAAAACAAGGGGGUAGGAGGGAUAUUAUCUUGAGUUUCCUUGACUGAUUGGCUGGAAUCCAUGUGUUCCUUCUUGCAUUUUUCUGUAGUCUUCCUAUGUGACUUGGUGAAAACUGAGUUGUAUAACUUAAAGGCAUAUAAAACUGCAAUAGCCUCAUUUUGGCAGUUUGUACCAGCAGAGGAAGUCACUCUGCAGCUCUGCCUUCUCUUUUACAGCUAUAGUAAUAAGCUGCUUCUGUUCUGACUAGGUCAGUACUGCCUUCAUGUUAUUCUACAAGCCUGAGCUUCUUAUUGCUUGGGUUUUAGAAAGCCAGACUAGAUCAAGUGGGUGGGAUUAUUAAGUCUCUCCGUCAGUGGUCACAGAGCUUAUAUUUUCAAGUACAUUCCUGUUGCUUUGGCUCCAGCCUUGCAGGCUGCAAAUGAACUGUAAUCAUAUGCAUUUUAAUUCAGCAAUGUGCAUUAGAAAUGUCUCCUAGUGCACCAGCCCCUGUAGGUACAGCCAGAUCUUGUCUCUCUAAGCUUAGUCAUUAUGGUGUAUGCUUGAGAACAUCACUGUAAACUACUUUCCUCUUCUUUCCAACCUACUGUGGCUGAGCUUGCAGAACAGAAACUUGCAGAAGGAAGACUCCAUCUCCCUUCAUGUUGUAUCAGAUAAAUAUCUUUCAAAACAACUGUGGAUUGCUCACUUGGACUGCCGUGCUGCUUAAGCAUAAGUGCUUUUUCUUGCUGUCCUGUAACCCACUGAUUAUGGUGGGUUACUAAAUUUCACUGGCUGUGCAAGAUCUGAAAAUGUGAUCGCUAUGGGAUGCUUAGGGAAGUAGGCAUUUAGUCUAUCUAUGGAAAUUUAACUUAAGACAAUUCUAGGUGCUCAAAAUCUGUACCAACUCUG